UUGCGUGCGAUGUGGACAAGAGAGGUCCCCGCUGGGUGAGGAACCCGGGAAGGACCGCCCAGAUUCGGGCCCCCUGCCCUUGUCCCCUAGGCUAGGGGCGCGGGCAAGGCGGGGGCCCGGCGGGCGCUGAGAGGACCCGAGGCCGGCGCGGGCGGCGGAGGCGGACUGUGGUCUUCGUUUUCCAAAGCCCAGACGCCCACUCUCGAUAGACAGCCUUGUUUACCGGGACUUCCUCUCCGGAAAGGCCUGCAUGACAUACUCCCUCCCUACCUCCAGUGGACUCAGAUGCUUGUCACCUACUGGGGCUGUUUACCAGAGCCUUAACUAGGUGCGACCUGUUGAUAGCUGGUGUAGUCCCAGAAACCAGGAUUUGGAUUGAGGGUGCAGUGAGGCUCUGAGCUGCCUUCUCCCCUUCCAGGGCUGGGGGCAGCAGCCAUGCCUACCUGGGAGGCCCGCCCCGCGUCCCCAGACCGCUUUGCAGUGUCUGCGGAGGCUGAGAACAAGGUUCGGGAACAGCAGCCUCAUGUGAAGCGCAUCUUCAGCGUGGGGGUGAGUGUCCUUCCGAAGGACUGUCCGGACAACCCCCACAUCUGGCUGCAGCUGGAGGGCCCUAAGGAAAACGCCAGCAGAGCCAAGGAGUACCUGAAGGGCCUCUGCAGCCCAGAACUGCAGGAUGAAAUCCACUACCCGCCCAAACUGCACUGCAUCUUUCUGGGAGCCCAGGGCUUCUUCCUUGACUGUCUGGCCUGGAGCACAUCAGCCCAUCUGGUGCCCAGGGCGCCCGGCUCACUGAUGAUCAGUGGCCUGACUGAGGCUUUUGUCAUGGCUCAGAGCCGGGUAGAAGAGCUGACAGAGCGGCUGAACUGGGACUUCAUGCCAGGACCGUCUUCCGGAGCCUCUCAGUGUACUGGAGUGCUGAGAGACUUCUCUGCCCUGCUUCAGUCGCCGGGGGAUGCCCAUAGAGAGGCUCUGCUGCAGUUGCCCCUGGCUGUCCAGGAGGAGCUGCUGAGUCUGGUGCAGGAGGCGUCCAGUGGGCAGGGGCCAGGAGCUCUGGCUUCUUGGGAGGGGCGGAGCUCAGGCUUGCUGGGUGCUCAGUGCCAAGAAGAGAGAGCUCCCCCUAGUGACGGCAGGGAGUCCCUGGACACUGGAUCUGUGGGACCCAGAGAUUCCAGGGGAGCAAGGGGAGACAAUUAUGCUGUGGGGAAGGAGGGAGGGAAACAGGGUGGUCCCAGGGAGAUGGAUUUGGGGUGGAAGGAGUUGCCUGGGGAAGAGGCCUGGGAGAGAGAAGUGGCCCUCAGGCCACAGUCAGUGGGUGGAGGGUUAAGGGAGUCAGCACUCCUGAAAGGGAAGGCCCUGGGGAAGGAGGAGGUAACUCAGGGAGGAGGAGGGCUCUGUGUCCACCGUGAGCCUCCUGGUGCCCAUGGCUCCUGUCACAGGGCAGCUCAGUCCCGAGGAGCCUCCCUCCUCCAGCGGCUCCAUAAUGGGAAUGCCUCUCCUCCAAGGGUGCCCAGCCCUCCGCCUGCACCGGAACCCCCAUGGCACUGUGGAGACCGGGGUGACUGGGGAGACCGGGGAGACGGUGGGGACAGGGGAGACAAGCAGCAGGGCAUGGCACGGGGUCGGGGGCCUCAAUGGAAACGAGGUGCCCGAGGGGGCAACUUGGUGACUGGAACACAGCGUUUCAAGGAGGCCCUGCAGGAUCCUUUCACACUGUGCCUUGCCAAUGUGCCUGGCCAGCCAGACCUCCGCCAUAUUGUCAUUGACGGCAGCAACGUGGCCAUGGUGCAUGGCCUUCAGCACUACUUCUCCAGCCGGGGCAUUGCCAUUGCUGUGCAGUACUUCUGGGACCGUGGCCACCGAGACAUAACUGUCUUUGUGCCUCAGUGGCGCUUCAGUAAGGAUUCCAAAGUCAGAGAGAGUCACUUCCUGCAAAAGCUAUAUUCCCUCAGCCUGCUCUCCCUCACACCCUCACGAGUCAUGGAUGGCAAGAGGAUCUCCUCCUAUGAUGACAGGUUCAUGGUGAAGCUGGCUGAAGAGACAGAUGGGAUAAUUGUCUCCAAUGACCAGUUCCGGGACCUGGCGGAAGAGUCUGAGAAGUGGAUGGCAAUCAUCAGAGAACGCCUGCUGCCCUUUACCUUUGUGGGAAACCUCUUCAUGGUACCUGAUGACCCACUGGGACGAAACGGCCCCACCCUGGAUGAAUUUCUGAAGAAGCCAGCCAGGACGCAGGGGUCUUCUAAGGCUCAGCAUCCUUCCAGGAGCUUUGCAGAACAUGGUAAACAGCAGCACGGGAGAGAAGAGGAAAAAGGUAGUGGUGGCAUUCGGAAGACCCGGGAAACAGAGCGGCUCCGGCGGCAGCUGCUGGAGGUGUUUUGGGGUCAGGAUCACAAGGUGGACUUCAUCCUGCAGCGGGAGCCAUACUGCCGGGACAUUAACCAACUGUCUGAGGCCCUGCUCAGUCUUAACUUUUGAGCCUCACCUGCUUGAGUGGUUGCCGCCCUGUCAGCUCCAGCCGCCUCCAGCGCAGCCCUUUCUGUGAGAGUCCCUCUGCUGCUCACACUCUGAUCCAGAGGCACCCUGAGUUGAUGCUUUGGAUCAGGGAAGCCACUUUGGGACAGGUCCAUAAAGUGACCUGAUCUUACCGAGUCAGGACCUCAGCCAGCUCUCAAGAGGUUCUGCUCAGCCUUAACUUCUCAACUUUGCCUUAGCACAGGGUUUCUAUAGGGAGUAGGGGCUGCUGGAGAGGAUUAGUUCUGGAGACUGAGACUGUUGGCUCCACCUCCAAGCUGAGCUGGGGUGGAGGGCAGGGUGGGCGGGAACUGACAGGAAGUUAAGCUGUUCCUCUCUCUGGCUGCUGCUGUGGAUGGCCAGAGGACAAGAUACUCCCUGGCUGAGCUCCUGGGAGUGUGGAAGGAGACGCUGGGCCCUGGAAGGGUCACAGCGUUAUGUGGAUGGGGCCACGAUAGGAUGGAGUGAGCUAGUGAAGAAGGCAGAGGGAGACUUGGCUUCUGGUCUCAGCUAUGCCUGUUUGUGACCUUGAUUGAGUUGCUUGGGCUUUACUUCCGCCUACAAAUCAGUGGUAAAAAUACCUGUUGGGAGGAGAAAUGAGAACAUAGAGGAAAGCUUCUUGGAGAAAAGGUGCUUGGACCAAGUCUCAGGUGUGUCUGCCUGUGGCUGCACAGGCUCUCUAACCAAAACCUCAUUUUCAGAGAGAUGUGGGUCCUUUGUCUUCAGGGUCCACACCCUAGAUUUUAACACUGCAUUCUCACUAUAACAUGCCCUAUAAUGGCUGCAUCCCUUUUGAGCAACCUCCAAAAUCCACAUUUACACAAUAGGUAAAUUAGGGAUGACUGCAUUAUCAGAAUACUCUCAGGGUUCCUAUAAAUGGCAGCUCUCCUGUUGUAUUCAAGUGUUUGUUUACAGACUAACAAAUUUGUUGGCAAAUCCCUGGUUAGAUGCACUUGCUGGUGUUGAGAUGAACACAUCGAUUUUUCACCAAAUCGAUGAAGCCAUGCUCUGCAAUGACAAUAUUAAUGUGAUCCAACCCUAACAUUUUCUCUAUGGAAGACAUAUGUUGCAUAAAGCGAGGCACACUUCUGCUUUAUGUAUGUGUGUAUGGGGAUGGGAGGACUUAACGGAAGUUGAACCAGUUGGUUCUAGAUGAACCAAUUAUCUGGAAAAUGAAAGAACCAGAGUUGGAAGGCACUUGACUGGCCACCAGACCAACUCUGCUGUCACUAACAUGCUCUCUCCACCCUGAUUCCUACAGGUCAUUGCCCUGGGUCUGCUUGAAGUCCUCUUGUGCCAGGGAAUUUACUAUCUCCAAGGUAGCACAUUCCCUGUGUAGAUGGUAUUAAUCAGUACUCCUUCUUUUAGUGCAGCCUAAAGUAUGCUUUUCUGUUACGUCUACCUUUGAGGCUGGUCAUACCCCCAGGAACAAUACAGAGCCAGUCAACUUCCUGGAAUCCAAGACCAGAUAAAGAAGUAGGACAUGUGCCCCUGGAUUCUGUUCUAUGUGGGCCCUGUGGUGAGUCUCUGGUUAAGAUCUUUUCCAGGCCCUGACUUUUGCCUCCCUCUGAAUGGCACAGGGAGUUGAAUACUGCAUGGAGAAUGUAAUGAUGACGGGGAGGGUCCUUGGGUCCUUGUGUCCUCACCCCUCCCUUUUUGGUGAUUUACACCACUGUACCAUACUGACCCAGGCUGGGGGCAGGUGUGUUGGAGACAGGCUGGUCAAGGAGGUGACAAUGAUUCAGAGAUAACCCAGAGUCCCUGAGAAGAAGAGACUGGUUAAUAUGGCCUGAACUGGUGGCUGGGGGAACUGUAUCUGAUUAAGUUAUGGCGGAUGUCACAGCUUUAGGUAGGUAAAAAGGGUCCUAGAUGAAAACUUGGGAGUUUUAUUUUUUUCCAGAUAGGGUUGUUUAUAGUUCUUGAUUGGUAUCUUGCCCUUUUCACUUUCAGUGAUGGUGGGUGUACAGUAGACCAAAAGUAACUUCUGCCCUUUUGUGCUAACGGCCCUGGUUGACUGAGUGGCCCCAGUCAGAUGAGAGGCAAGUCCUAAGCUUCUUAUAGACAGGGAUGUUGGCUUUGUUCUGCUGCAGCCUGAUAAACUGGGACCACUGUAUGGUUAGUAAUGCACUUGCCAUUUGGUGACACAGACUGAAGUCUGUCCUACACCUGGGCCUCACCUCUUCCUCUAUUGGCAUUCUAAUGGCACUUGGACAGCAUCCAGGGUGACUACAGGGCCCACUGGAAGUGGAUCAUCAUUCUCUCUUCUAGUGCCUACCUUUAUCAUAACCUGAUGUCCCAAACUUGUGACAAAUUCUUUUGGAAACUGAAGGACCAAGAAGGGAGAAGGUGAUGAGAGAGACUGCGCAUUAUAACUUUCAAAACCCCGUCUUGGGGGAAGAAUCAUCUAGGGUGACAUUCCUUGAAGUAAAUCGUAGGAGAAUCUAGGCCAGAGAGAUGAGCCAAGGUUAGUGAGAUAAUUUAUCUUUAUUGCCUAAACUGCAGAGCAUUUUCUACACAGCAUAAAGGAGAAGUGGGGCAGCUGCAGGACAUGUAGAGAAACUCAACUGGGAAAUCUUACAAGGAGUUGAAAAGAUUAAUGUCCCAACCUGAUGAGAUUACAGCCUUGAGACAAUAAGGUGGAGCAACAGAACAAUGGGAAAGAGGACUGGGGGAGGAAUCUAAGAACCAGAUGGCUUCAGCUCUCUAGAGGAGCUGAGCCUAUUCACAGUGCCUAACCUGGAAGCCUAUGAGGGACAGGCCUCAGGCCCUUGCCAUGACCUACUUAGGCUACAAUUUCCUUUAAGGCAGCCCCUAGCUCUGGGAAGGAGUACUGGUAGCCAGUAGCCAGUGUUCGUCGUGGGAUCACCUUCUGGCCCUCCAACAGCAUGAUGGCACGCUCUCGCCCAAAGACAGCUUGCACCAUAGUGCUGGGGAGAGGGAUGAAGGCUCGGUGGCCCAGGGCAGCACCCAACGUCUGGGCAAACUCAGCAUUAGUGGCGGAGGAUGGAGCCACUCCAUUCAGGACCCCGUGCACGUGGUUUGCUUCAAGGGCAUGGGUCAGGAUUCCUGCCAGGUCCCCGAUGUGUAUCCAGGGGAAGAAUUGGUGGCCUGAGCCGAUGGGGCCCCCCAGGCCCAGCCGAAAGGGCAGCAGCAUGUGGCCGAUGGCACCACCCCCACGGCCCAGUACAACCCCUACAGCAGGCAAGAGGGAAGGUACAGAGGUCCUCUCAGCCUUGAAGCAGCCCCACUGCUCCUCCUGAUUUCUGUUUCCCCUUUCCCACUCUCCCCAUGCUGACUUGGCUCUGUAACAGAAGUGAGUGGUAUGGCUGUCUAAGACUUCACACCUUCUCAUCUGCAGGUUGGCUAGAAGUCGUGGCAUCCUCUCACUCUGUAAUCUCAGCUCUCCUAAUCCCAUCAGCUCUCCUAAUCCCAUCACUUCCUCAGCCCAGAGAAGACAUUCCAACCCUGUCUGAUACACAGGCCCCUGUUUCUCACCCGAGCGCACCACCACCUGGCGUGUAGAAUCUCCAGGAAGCCUGGCUGCAGCUUCCCAUUUGGUUACGAGGUUGGAGAAAAAGUCAAAGUCCCCUCCUGGGCUGUCUUCAUCAUACUCUGCAGUCAGACUGGGCUGGUAGUAAGCUGCCGGUGAAACACACUCAUUUGCCCUGGGUGUCCUUGGUCCUGCCUGGCUCUCUGUAGUGGAGGCUUCCCUUGGCCUCACCUUCUUUGGCCCUUAGGAUCUCCCCAUUUGGAGACAGAGCCAUUUGGAUAUUUCCCCCUUGAACUUCUCCAGGACCUGAAGUGUUCCUUCCCUGGAGGAACUCUGGUUGCAGGGCUAAACUUAGAGGCUGCUAGAGUGUAGUGGUUAAGAACAGGAACUUGGGUACCAGACUGCCUGAGUUUUAAUCACCUCCCUCAUUUAUUAACUCUGUGACUUGAUGCAAGUUACUUAACCUCUCUGUAUAGAAUUUUCACAUCUUUAAAAUGGGAAUAAUAGUACCUACCUCAUAGGGUUGUUGUAAGGAAUAAAUCAUAAUAAGCAUAAAACACUUCAAA